AUGGAUCUUUCUGUUGGAUUUAAAAAAUAUAUUUGUGUUCAAUUAUCGGGAUAUACAGAAGACCUAAAUUUUCUUUUGGUUUACAGAAGUCCUAACUCUGAUCUCAAUAACAAUAGUAACUUACUUGUUCUAUUGAAAAAGUUUUCGAAAAUUAAGGGACAAAAAAUUUACGUGGGUGAUUUUAAUUUACCUAAUAUUGACUGGGACUUAGUGUCAACACCAGGAGGUGUUAGGAGCAUGGAAUCUAUGUUUUUGAAUUGUGUGAGGGAUCUGUAUUUACAUCAGCUGGUUUCUAAAGCUACUAGGUUUCGUACUUCACAAAAAUCCAAUAUAUUAGACUUGAUUCUGGUUCAUGACAAAGAUGUGGUUGCCAACAUCGAUUAUAACUCCCCAAUUGGGAAUAGUGAUCAUAUUGUUUUGGUCUUCGUAUUGAGACAUACUUGGAAUUUAGUUAGAAAACGUGCCAAGCAAAAAUAUAAUUUUAACAAAGGUGAAUAUGAUAAGAUGAGAGUUUGUCAGAACUGA